AUGAGGCCAUUAACUGCACUGCAUGUGUUUCUUUCUGUUCUCUUUGUAUCUGCUGCAGUCUUCGAUCAGCCGUCGCCUCAGGAUGUACUCGGUAGACCCGCCAUUGAUACCCUAACUGACCGUGACGCUAUCAUAGAGUCGCUGCUUGCUACCCACGCCGGUGAUCCUGUACAAGUUAUGCGUCUUCUGGAUCCCGAGAACGCGUCAGAACUCGAUGCGCCACGGUUGUUGCAAGUCUUUGGGGCUGAGGCAGUAUGGAUGACCGAAGGCGAUAAACUACGCCUUCGACAGCAGGGCCUCGGGUUCAUCGACCUCACCAAUCAUCAGGAUUUGCACGCAUGUCACAGGUCUGCUGAAUCAACGUGGCCUAAAUUACAAUAUCAAGAUAAGGUGACGUCGGUCACUAAGCUUCUGAGCAAGGACGAGAUGAAGAGCAACUUGGGGAACUUGACUUCGUUCCACAACCGGUAUUAUCGCUCGGAGUUUGGUGUCCAGAGUUCACGAUGGUUGUACAAUCAGAUUCUGGACAUUGUCUCUACUGCCCCUCCCGGUGUCCGCCUCUCAGUCGAGACGUUCACUCACACAUUCCCCCAGUCCAGCGUCAUUGCUCGCUUUGAGCCGUUCUUUGGACGGUCUUCUCCCAAUCCAACAAUAGCCCUUCCUCGCAUCAUCGUUGGCGCUCACCAAGACUCCGCAAAUUACCGCUUCCCAUUACUCCCUGCACCUGGAGCAGACGAUGACGGCUCAGGAACGGUCACAAUCCUCGAGGCGUUCAGAGCUCUUGUCCAAUCUGGAUUCGCGCCAGAACGCCCGGUCGAGUUCCACUGGUAUGCUGCGGAAGAAGGCGGUUUACUAGGAAGUCAGGAGGUCGUGUCUGAGUACAAGCAAUUGAAGAAGGACGUGGGCGCUAUGAUCCAGUUUGAUAUGACUGCAUAUGUACCAAAGGGAGAAGUUCCCGUUGUGACCUUUAUCACGACGGACGUUGAUUCGAAUCUUACGAAUUGGACGAUUGCGCUUGCAGAGGAGUACAGUACGUCUGUUGUGGGCGGUGCGAAACUCUUUGCUGGUGCAGGAUCAGACCACAUGUCAUGGCACCGAGCGGGAUUCCCUGCCAUAUUUGCGGCAGAAGGUGACCCGUUCAGGACGUUCAACCCGUACAUCCACACUUCGGGAGACAAGAUUGACCUUGCCGACGGAGAGUUUUCAUUUGAGCAUGCUCUCGAAUUCGCAAAGGUUGCUGUUGGGUUCGUUGUUGAGCUCGGUGGAUGGGUAGAAUAACUUCGCGGCGAUGGUGUCAUAGCUAUCAACCCGAGCCUACGAACCAACGCUAUACUCAAGCCCACGGAGACUCCUGUGUCCAAUAUCCUCACAUUACUACUUAGAACCAUGAAGAUUAUCGGAUGAACCAAUGAUUUGCAAGCCA